UUGGUUCCUAUGAGCCGAACAACAUCACCUCACAUCUCAACAUGUCGUGAUAGCCGUUCAUAUUUGUGUAUGGCUGUAUGCAUUUGAAAAUAUGACGGGGAUUUUGAACACGUUUUACAUAUCGUAUAUUUUAUUGUUUAUGUUGCAUCAUUCUGGUGUUUUGAGGUUUUCAGCGACAGCACAAGAGAAUGACGAGUCGCUGGAGCUCACUCUGUCGGAGGAUGCAGUUUCCGACUUGGAAAAUAGCCCCAAGUUUGUGGAAUCAGACGACCUGGAGUCUCUGCCGAAGAGACAGUUCAAGACAGCUGAGAUUGCAGACGCUGUGAUGGGCACUGAAACCCCCAUUGAUCCAUCUGACAUUGAGUCUCUCUUCCCUAAAAAUGUGAAGGACUUUCAGUCAGGCUUCUCCCCGCCUUGUGAUGAGAGCAGUACCCAGUGCGGUUCGUCUGUGCUGCAUGCUAAAGGAGCGUCGCUGGAGGAGAGAAGCAAUGAACCGUCACAACAGGUCACCCUUGACAUAGUGCAUGCGGACGUGACAGCAACCGAGGAGCAGAACACCACAGAAACUGCCAAGACGUACAAGGUGAACUGUGAUAAGAGGAACAUCACAGGAGUGGACACUUUCACUGUGCACGUCCUCAACGCUUCACAGGACCUGAUGGAGUUCCUGAACGCUAACAGCACAGAAUGCUCCGUGGUGCUGUUCUUCACUGCCUGGUGCCAGUUCUCAGCCAACCUGGCACCUCACUUCAAUGCCCUGCCACGGGUCUUUCCCAGCAUGCACUUCCUGGCCCUUGAUGCCUCUCAACAUAGCAGCCUCUCCACAAGGUUUGGGACCGUGGCUGUGCCCAACAUCCUUCUAUUCCAGGGGGCCAAACCUAUGGCUCGCUUCAACCACACAGACAGAACGCUGGAGACGCUCACGUCCUUCAUUUCUAACCAGACAGGAUUUGAAGCUGGCCCCGACAGAAAUGUGACAGAUGCAGACCGCCUGGGCCCCCUCCCCAGCGUCCCAGUGAAGAGCAUUGACUGGCUGCUGGUCUUCUCCAUCCUCUUCAUCACAUCCUUCACUCUGUAUGCCAUCCUGCGAACAGACAGCAUCCGCUGGCUCAUACCGGGACAAGAGCACGAGCAUCAGGACUGAAAACACCCCCACAAACACACUGCAAAUUACUUGAUGUAAACAUUAUUUGAUAAACAGUUUAGAUUAACAGUUGCUAAUUUGCUUAUAUGUUAAGCAUUUCAUGGACAAAAUUAAUUAUUUGAGCCAUUGUGAUUUAUAAUAAAGAAUAUAAUGAUUU